CCAGUUCCUGUUAAUGGCAAACCUCUCCCGGGGGCCUGGCCCGCUCUGCGGCGCGGUGCCCCCCUCCUCGAUAUAGGGCCUGUGUCUUUCUGCAGCCGCCACCUCUUUGUCUCCAUGCGUGCAAGGGCCCAGCGAGUGUUUGGCACCUCCUCUGCUUCUUUCAUCAUCCAGUUUAACUCCUUUGAUUGUCACGAAAAGUGUAAAAUAGACCCUUGUGGGGGAAUCUAGCUGCAAUUUACCUGUAAGGUUUUUGAGGCAGUGAUCCUGUGUAUUUGUGAUGUUAUGUAGAAAGAAUUAUCGGGAGGUGUACUGACACACAUGUUCAAGAUGCCAUUAAUGCUCGUGUUAAUUCCCUUUUUUGACACGUGAGUCAAAUAUUUGCUUUUUAUCUUUAUUGAUACAUUUGAUGUUACAAAGAAUACAUGGACAGCGCUUCUGCUUUCGAAGCUGAAAAUUCCAAGGAUGCAAGUCCUGUUUCCUUCGGAGAUUUUCCAUCCAGCCUGCCCAGCAGAGAAAGAUUCCAAACCGGUACCUGGGCCAACCCAGCUCCUUCACACAUCCACAUCUUCUCAAACCAGGUUAAGGAUCAUGAGCCAUGGAGAGGUAACACCAGGAUUGUCACAGGUGGAAUACGCUUUGCGCCGACACAAGCUGAUGACUUUGAUCAAGAAAGAGGCACAAAAGUGUAGUGGGAUGGACCACACAGUGAUUCUGCUAUCCAACCCUACCUACUACAUGAGCAACGACAUCCCAUACACUUUCCACCAGGACACAAAUUUCCUAUAUUUGUGUGGGUUCCAGGAACCUGACAGCAUCCUGGUGCUGCAGAGUUUGCCUGGCGAGGCGCUGCCGUCCCACAAGGCCAUGCUCUUUGUACCACGGCGAGAUCCAAGCCGAGAGCUAUGGGAUGGGCCACGAUCAGGCACAGAUGGGGCAGUAGCUUUGACAGGAGUGGAUGAAGCUUACCCCAUAGAGGAGAUUAGAUACCUGGUGACCAAGCUGAAAGGUGACUCAGACAUGGUUUGGUAUGAUUCUGCAAAACCAGUGCACACGCAGCUCCACUCUGACUACCUGCAGUCUCUGGCCGAGAUCAAAGCUAGGAGCAAAAACCAUAUCCAAGGUAUUAAUCAUCUAGUGCAACAACUCCGGAUGAUCAAAUCCCCUGCAGAGAUCGAGAGGAUGAAGGUUGCUGGAAGGGUGACAUCACAGGCUUUCAUAGAGACGAUGUUUGCCAGUAAAUCACCAGUGGAUGAAGCAUUUCUGUAUGCUAAGUUUGAAUUUGAAUGCCGGGCUCGAGGGGCAGACAUCUUGGCUUACCCUCCUGUGGUCGCUGGUGGCAACCGGUCCAACACCUUGCACUAUGUAAAAAACAACCAGCUUAUCAAGGAUGGAGAAAUGGUCUUGCUGGAUGGGGGGUGUGAGUUUUCCUGCUAUGUAAGUGACAUCACUCGGACCUGGCCCAUCAAUGGCAGGUUCACUGAUCCUCAAGCAGAGCUGUACCAGGCUGUCCUGGAGAUCCAGAAAUCCUGCCUGAGCCUCUGCUCUCCAGGAGUUAGCUUGGAGAACAUCUACAGCCUCAUGUUGAGCCUUAUGGGACAGAAGCUGAAAGAGCUCGGGAUUCUAAAGAAAAGCACUACUGAGAACUUCAAGGCUGUUCGGAAGUACUGCCCACAUCAUGUGGGCCAUUACCUGGGUAUGGAUGUUCAUGACACCCCAGACAUGUCCCGAUCACUCCCACUGCAGCCAGGCAUGGUGAUAACCAUUGAGCCAGGCAUCUACAUCCCCCAGGAUGACAUGGCUGCCCCAGAGAGGUUACGUGGCCUGGGUGUGCGCAUCGAGGAUGAUGUGGUGGUGACAGAGGAUGCACCCCUGAUCCUGUCUGCAGACUGUCCCAAGGAGAUCUAUCAUGUUGAGCACAUCUGUGGCCGCAGCCUGUGAUCUGUCUUAUGCACCCUGCUGGGUUCCUCAGGAAAUGUGCUUCCGUGCACAUGUGCAGUGAUGUGAAUUUCUGUGAAUGGACCUGGUUGCAGGGCAGUGAGGAGGGGCAAAAGGGGGGCGGUUGUUGAUGUUUGGGACUUUGUAGGUAGGACAGGGAAUUGACUUGUGAAUGGCUCAGAUAACAUUGCUGUUAUAAGCAAGAAACCUUUUAUUUACAGAGUUAACCUAUGUAAUGACUGCUUAGUGCUGAUUUAAAGAUCCAGAACACAUCCCUUCCCUUGCCACAUGGAUCCCUCUAUUCCUGCACUUGUAUGCACAAUCUUGUUCAGUGCAGUCUGUGGGACAUUAGCCCCUGUCCCUCAUUCUUCCUCAUGGCUUCUUGAAUAAGAUGCAGCCACUGAGACGGGGUGCCAUGAUCUGACCUUUGUGGGAAUUUUCAUACCAGGCCAAUCAGAAACCAAUUUAAGUGAAAACCUUCAAAAGUUUGUCUGGGAGAGGGAGCAUGUGGGUGGUUUUUGGCUUAUGCAGAGCAGUGACACAAGGGGCGUUGGGAGACUGGAAGAUGGGGUUGGAUUGUGGGUAGUUUGUAGCAAUGCAGAAAGAUUUUAGCAUCUAGGUAUAAGAAUAUAUUACACUAUCUUUCUAGGAGGUCUGAGAGAGACUGGCAAUAGGACGAAGGGUCAUCAGAAGACAUAUGGUAGGGUUUGAUAGUUGGGGGAAGAGAAUGACUGGGUUCAGUGCAUUGGUGCGUCUUUGGACUGCCCAUUCAUCUGGCCUUCCAGUCUCUUCCCCUGACCAAUUAUCAGCUCCAGACUUCCACUCUACCCCC